AUGCGCGUCCACAUCCAUCCCCGCUCAGCCCAAGAAAAACCAUUCGCCGGCCACGGCGACAAGAUCCCAUUUAUACGCACCGCUCGCUCGCUCGCUCUUCACCAGAGGAGAGGCCACAUACACACAAGCAUCCAUCGCCGAUCGCAUGAGCGUUCCACAAGCAACUCCACCAGAUCGAUCGAUCCCUUGCAGUUGGCUGGAGCAAUGCCUUGCUUGGCGCACGGCCGCCACCCCAGGCCUCCGGCCACUAACCACUGCAAGUCUCUUACCUGCCUCAUCAGGGAGACCUACGCGCACUGCCAUGUCCCCUGCAUCGGGAUCGCCGGCGCCGGGUGGAGCUCCGGCGACGACAGCGAGGACGACGACGACGACAUGCUCAACACGAAACAGGUGAUACUCAACGAGAUUAGGAACCGGCAGCUGAGGAAGGAGUCGAGGUGCAGCGGGGACUCGCCGGCUCUGUCGGGCGCCUUCAUCUGGUUCUUCACCCCGCUCGACCCGAGAAGCGUUCUGGAGAAGGUCUCGAGCCCUGAGAAGCACGUCGUGGCGGGGGAGGAGAAGGGAGAGGCGGAGGCGGAGGCGGGCAGCGACGCCGGCGACGUGGAGAGCGAGGCCUUCUUCUCGGUGAAGAGCUUCUUCACGCGCAGCACGAGCCGGGCGGCGACCGUGGCGUCGUUGACGGACAUGGACCCGCCGGCGACGUGGGAUGGCUUCCGGGACUGCGAGGGGUGGCCGUUCGGGCUGUGCCGCCGCCCCGCCGUGCCGCCGCUGCCCAGCACGCCGGCCGACUCCUGGAAAUGGCGGAAGCAGAGCAGCGGCCGCAGCCUCGCCGCGAGCCCGCGUCCUGCUCACGGUGACAAGAUCACAACGAGUUGAGCGGCGGCGCCGCCGUUAACAAGCAAGAACAUUAUAAUUGAGCCGCCCGUGUGUUAGCAGACACACCGACCUGCUUAGACUGGGGUAUUUUUCAUGUGCUCAUAGGUAUUUCGUUCAACCUUGCACCAAAUACCGGGGAGCACACCAAAAUUACGCCCAAUCUAUAUACAGGGUACGAGAUGUGUGACGAAGUUGGCAGAUUAUUCAGGUAUCUUUGGCGUCGUUGGUGAUUCGAGAGGGCUGUUGUGAUUUUGUUGUUCUUCUCCUAGAAGAAUUCGUCUGCGUAAUCGUAAUCCCAGUAACUCAGAUGCAUGUACUUUCUGAUUUCCAGAGCUGCA